AUGGACCGGCAGAGGCUUCUGUUAGUGCUUACGAUCUUCAUCUCGACUGUCAUACUCGCUCUUUGCUGGGCUUUCAUCAUUCACUUAUGGCAUAAAGAAUAUGUGAUUCUCCGCGACUCCAUUGUCGUCCUCAUCAUCAGAUAUCCAACAGAACUCAUUCUUUUAUCCACUGUGAUAUCCACAAUUCUGUCGGUGACCACUACAGCUCUUUUUUCAAUCGCUGUCAAGCACGCAUUGAACCAUUAUAUCACCAAGCCGUUAUCACUAGUCGAACUUCACACCGCAAUAUCUCUCACAAAACCUCAACCUCUUCUUCAAUGGAACCAUCGCAGACUAUCUCUUAUCACGUUGGUUAUCGUUGGCCUGAUCACACUCCUCAAUUCAAGCUGGACGACAUUACUGUUGCCAACAAUCCUUUCACAGCCUGUAUCAAUCCAAGGUACAGAAUUGGACCUCGGAAGCCUCGCCUUCAACGCGCAACUAGGUCUUGACUUAUCCAGUGGCAACAUAUCGUGGAAUAAGUUCGUAAACAUCAUCAACGUUGUGACACCCAUGAGCGGGCUCUCAGCUACACGUUCGAGUAUCGCAGGUGGCAAUGACAGUGUCUUUGCCUUCAAUGGUGUUUCGUACAGCAAAUCUAGUAGUGGCAUUAUUCCGGCGGUCGCAGAAUUUGCAGGCACGUCAUUGGUCACUGAUACGGUUGGCCUUGGGUACUACGGUGGAAAAGUCGCUCCCGGUAUACUGGUUCCCGUCGAUAAAUAUUCUGGUCUUGCCAGAAAUUAUAGCGCCACACAACAAGGUGUUUCAGCGAACAUUACGUGCAGUCCCCUCGACUCCAAUUACUCGCUGAAAAUCGAUAAUUCUACUAUCUACUAUAACGACUUUACGAUUUGGAAUGGUACAGCAUAUUGUCCUCUCGGCAGCGGUUGGGUGACGAUGUCCUUCGACUAUGACUAUGGUGGCCUUCUAGAAAUGUUUGUUUGUCCUGAUCCGGGAACCGCGAGCGUCACAUCCUUUGACAUCUUCUUACAUGCCGAAGGGGAAUAUCUUAGUACCUUGAAUUCAACAGUCUGCAAGGUUGCCCCAUAUAUGGCCUCAUUCGACGUAACAUACACACAUGGAAACAUCUCUAUCAGCCAGCCUCUUAAUAUCCAACCAUUUCAGAGCAGCGGCGUGAAUGUCACAUCCUUCAUAUCGAUGAUGGUGUCGGAGCUGUCUUGGUCCAGCCAAACGUUAGACAGCAAUUCUUUGGGGGAGCUGCUACAACUUGAGACAACAAACGCAGAACGCUCGGUGAAUGACGUGCUGGAAGACUAUUUCCGCGGUAUCGUGGAGUUUUCUGCCACUUACCUUCGUUCUGCCUAUUCUGCAGAGGGUGCGAACUCCACACUGCGGAACUUGUACUCUGACCAAAGUGCUUUCACAUCCUUGAACGGAACCAUGUCCGUGACGACCUACGGCUGGUCCAGCAAACGCCUCACAUAUAUCUAUCUUCUCGCAAUUCUCACAAUUAUCUGGGCCGUCACUGUUUCAGCUGCGGCGUACAGUCUGCACCAGGGACGUUCUCGUUCGCGUCCCUUAUUUGAUGCAUCGAACCCGGUUCAUCUCAUGAUGGCAUCUUCGGAGGGGGGAUUUGAACCUAGCGGCGUCAAGAGUAAUGCAGAUGUACGAGUGCAUCUCCAAGUACACGACCAAAAUAUAGCGCAUGGUGAUGCAACAGGAGAGAAGUCCGUUCGAGCUAGCGGAUCUAAGAUGCGGAUCAAGAUUGAUAAGGACACAGAGGGAGGUAAUCCCAAGUAGGCUGCUACAGUGGUAUCGCCAGAUACUACUAUGUCGAUGUUGUUGGAUGGAUAACUUCGUCACUUAGAUUUCUCUUUGUCACCCCGGACUCUUUACGUACUUUACCCUCAGUGUAACGGCUUGUCCUCAAUUGUCCCGUCAAGUGUCACUAACUAUUAGUGCAGUAAAAAUUCGAAACAGAUUACCACCCA